GCUCCUCCUUCCGUCGUGGGUCGAGUCGGUCCAGCAUAGAAACGGUCAGUAACCGUUCGGAGUGGAGAGAGGGACGCAGCGGUGUUCAAAACUCACAGACAACUGUCUCACACUGCCCAGAAUACUUACUCCUCAUCACCCACCGAGACCAGUCCCUCACCCUCCUAAAGAGUCAACUGUUCGUCCAGCCGACAACAACCUUAAAUCCAGGUUUGGUCUCUGCGGCUUCGCCCCCAAAUCGCCCACUAAAAGCUGACCCGCUUUUGGUUUUUUGUGUGGGGCAGUCCGGCAAUCCAAGCUGGACGGAGGAGAGGCAAGCGGGGCCGAAGGCCCAACGUUCGUGCUGCGACACCGAACGUCGAAUCUCGUUGAGACCUCCACAAACUGCACAUCUAGUCAUCCCAUGAGUCCACGGGACAAGGAGGAGACACCCACCUCAGGCUCUUCAACCAGUCACCUCAGCACUGCAGAGUGCCCGGCUCACAAUGGGGCUGUUCCACAGGAGGAGAAAAGGAUGAAUGAAGAGAGUGGCAGAGAAACAGAAGGAGAGGAGCAGGAAGAAGAGGAGGAGAGAGGCAGCGAUGAAGGGUUCAUGGGAAUGACUCCUCUCCUGCAAGCUCACCACGCCAUGGAGAAGAUGGAGGAGUUUGUACACAAGGUGUGGGAAGGGCGGUGGCGCGUCAUUCCUCACGACGUGCUCCCAGACUGGCUUAAGGACAACGACUUCCUGCUUCACGGCCACAGGCCGCCAAUGCCUUCAUUUCGCGCUUGUUUCAAGAGCAUCUUCAGAAUCCACACGGAGACGGGGAACAUCUGGACACACCUGCUAGGUUGUUUGUUUUUCUUCUGUCUGGGCCUCAUGUACAUGUUUCGGCCCAACAUGUCUUUCGUGGCUCCAGUCCAGGAGAAGGUAGUAAUCGGGGUGUUCUUCCUCGGAGCCAUCCUCUGCCUUUCCUUCUCCUGGCUUUUCCACACAGUCUACUGCCACUCCGAGGGCGUGUCCAAAGUCUUCUCCAAGUUGGACUACAGUGGAAUUGCCUUCUUAAUCAUGGGAUCUUUUGUCCCUUGGUUGUACUACUCGUUCUACUGCACCCCUCAGUCCUGCUACAUCUACCUGAUGGUAGUUUGCGUACUAGGAAUGGCAGCCAUCUUUGUCUCCCAGUGUGACUUCUUCGCCACUCCACAGUACCGAGGAGUCCGAGCAGGUGUGUUUGUGGGUCUGGGACUGAGCGGUGUGGUUCCUACUCUGCACUUUGUCAUCAGCGAAGGUCUGAUCAAAGCAACAACUAUUGGUCAGAUGGGCUGGCUGUUUCUCAUGGCGACGCUUUACAUCACCGGCGCCUGUCUGUACGCAGCCCGCAUCCCUGAGAGAUUCUUCCCCGGAAAAUGUGACAUCUGGUUCCACUCCCAUCAAUUGUUCCACAUCUUGGUGGUCGCCGGAGCUUUUGUUCACUUUCACGGCGUUUCCAACCUUCAGGAGUUUCGCUACACCGCCGGAGGAGGCUGCACCGACGACGGCGCUCUUUAACAGCGACCCUCCUCGUUAACUGAAACGACUUUCACAGGGAAGCACUGGCUCAAAUAGUACAAACCGAAUCACACAGACGGACAGAAAUGCGCACGUGAUCCUUUUUCUACCAAAGACCACUGGGUUGUUCUGCAGUGCAAAACGAGGAGGAUGAGUCCCUCUAGUAAAACAGGCUGACAGGAGGUUUGAUCUCUUUCUUUCUCCUCUGUUUCAGUCUCUUCUUGCUGAGUUACUUUGGCUUUCCACCUGAGACGGUGCGUUUUUUAAAGCAAAUCUUGGGAUUCUUUCCUUCUGUUUGGUUGGAGGUGAGAUUUUUCUCUAGGAUUCAAGAAGGCUUGAAAACCAUUUUGGAGGGAGGUUGUUUUUUUUCUUUUUCUUUUCGCUGAAUGCUGUUUUCCAAGACAUUUUCUGAUGGAAAAAUGGUAAAAGGAUGUUUUUGAUUGUCAUGGAGAGAGUAAAGAGGUUAAUAGUCACUUUUAAAACAAAAAAAGCUUUUUCAUGUACAUAAGAUCAGAUUUCUAAACUUUGGGUUAUAGAUUUGUAUUAAAUAUUAAAGAAAAAUAAUAAAAAAUA